UCGUCACGUGGUCUCUCUCGACGAGACAGGUUUACGUAGGGCGGAAAAUCCCUCUGAUCUUGCAAAGUGUGCGGUUGCUCAGCUCCGUUCAGAACGCGACACAACUCCUCAGCAAAACGUUUGCGUGGCCUUUAAAAUGUGAAUACAAAUAAGGCGCUAUGAAGACGCUGAUGAUACUAAGCCUGUUACUUGUGAACGCAGAAGCUGCGCCUGCCAGUCAGAAGGUCGAAGAUGAGGCUGCCCAGGGGAAUGUGAGGAAACAGUCAGAUGAUUUCCAUCCCAGAAGUGUCUUCAACCAGCUGAGAAGCCUCAUCAGGACUCCCAGACAAGUGACACUGCAGGAACCAAAAUCGACCAAUCACAGCACGGAAUGCUGCGAGAAUGGUGGCACUUGCAUCUUGGGAAGUUUCUGCAUGUGUCCAGGGAACUUCACGGGAAGGUACUGUGAGCGCCGCGCAGUGACCCUGGCCUGCGGAGACGUGCCGCACAACGAUUGGACGUUCCAGGGCUGCAGCCUCUGUCGCUGUGGCAACGGAACCUUCCUGUGCAUCGAACACGUCAGGCCCGACUGCGGAUCCGAGAGAGAUGUGGCGAAUGUGGUGAACAGGGCGGACAGCCUCAACACCCUGUCCGUCCUCGACUUGUUCGACCAAUCACGGAACAGCAGCUCCACUGCCCAAGGUCAACACCAGGAGCUGAAGGUCACCCUUCUGGUCAGUCUCCUAGCAACUAUCGCCGUGGUGAUGACCUCUGGACACAUGAUGAAAAUUGAUUGACAGUAUCCUAGCAACCGUCACCAUGGUGAUGACCUCUGGACAUGCGUGGUGAAUGAUGAUUGACAGCAGCUCAAAGUUGCUGUUUAUGAAAUGAUGUAGAGGAAUAUUGGGAAGUUUAUAUUUAUCAACCUUCUCUCUGCUGCCUAAGCCUGUACAAAUCUGAUGCCAAAGUUUUAUGUGUUUUAUGUUUAACAGUUUCAUUCUGUUCGUUAAGUUAUCCCCGAAUGUUUAGUGUUCAGGGAAGCAAAACAUGAGGGGAAGAAUUUUAAGUUCUUUCAGUUUCUUAAGUUAAGUUUUAACGAUUUACUUUCUAGCUGGCUGGAAUUUGAGGAAAAAAACAAAGAUGCAAAAAAAGAUAUGCCAAAUGCUUCUGCUAUAAGGACUAGCUUUAAAAUGAAGAGCAUGGCAAUAAGAUUUAAGUUAUAAGUUUUACUGUUACGUUAGCAUUUAGUUUACCUAAUAUCAUUUGUUCAUGUACAUAUUGCAGAGUUUUAAAGAUACUGCCUUUUGUUAAUUUUGAGUUUAAACAAGACUAAUAAAGCCUGACA